AUGAGUGGCAUAACGAAGAACGAGGGGAUAGCGGGGACAGAGAGGUUCGCUAGCCCGGGGAAGGGCAGGGGACUGCGGGCUGUGAAACACUUUGCUGUCGGAGACCUCGUGUUCGCCUGUCCUGCCUAUUCCUACGUGCUGACGGUGAACGAGAGAGGAGCGCACUGUGAAUACUGCUUCACCAGGUAUGGCACCGGACAACUGUCAGAACAUGACGGGUUUGGGUUCUACAAUAGAAAUGAGAUUAAGAGUUUUAUUUGUGUUUCUAUCCAACUACUGGCCAAACUCAUUCUGCACGAAUAGGAUCUUUCGCUCUCUUGUCACUUGAUUAUUGGGGCUGUUAUGUUGUCGAUUUUUCUACAGUAAGGCGUUCUCAAACCAUAACGUUGUAGCAAUAAUUCGACAUCCUUGAAGGCAUUGUGACUGGAAGUGGUUGUCACUCCCUACCAUGUGGGUUCAGCAUGACUUUCAGCAGCUGACAAAACACAGUUGUUUCUUCUGAGCAGGCCCAUUCAGUAUCAUGUCGCGUUCACGUACUAGUCGGAAAAAAGGGGCAUAACUCAGGCGGACAGAUUUUGGGUGGAGUAAAUCCUUUCGCUUCGCAGCUUCCUCCCUGUUUACACUCAGUUGAAGUCAAAGGACACACACACAGUUUGCUUGCACUUGGGUUUGAAAAUAAAUGGAUGAAAGACGAUCUUAAACCCAGCCCAGUUCUUUCACGUCAGUGGAGAGGGGAGGUGGUGGAGAGCCUGAGGAGAGGAGGAGACCACUGAUAGAGGACUGGAGAGAGGAGGAGACCACUGAUAGAGAACAUCGAGGAGAGGACUGGAGAGAGGAGGAGACCACUGAUAGAGAACAUCAAGGAGAGGACUGGAGAGAGGAGGAGACCACUGAUGGAGAACAUCGAGGAGAGGACUGGAGAGAGGAGGAGACCACUGAUAGAGAACAUCAAGGAGAGGACUGGAGAGAGGAGGAGACCACUGAUAGAGAACAUCAAGGAGAGGACUGGAGAGAGAAGGAGACCACUGAUAGAGAACAUCAAGGAGAGGACUGGAGAGAGGAGGAGACCACUGAUAGAGAACAUCAAGGAGAGGACUGGAGAGAGGAGACCACUGAUGGAGAACAUCGAGGAGAGGACUGGAGAGAGGAGGAGACCACUGAUAGAGAACAUCAAGGAGAUGACUGGAGAGAGGAGGAGACCACUGAUAGAGAACAUCAAGGAGAGGACUGGAGAGAGGAGGAGACCACUGAUAGAGAACAUCAAGGAGAGGACUGGAGAGAGAAGGAGACCACUGAUAGAGAACAUCAAGGAGAGGACUGGAGAGAGGAGGAGACCACUGAUAGAGAACAUCAAGGAGAGGACUGGAGAGAGGAGACCACUGAUGGAGAACAUCGAGGAGAGGACUGGAGAGAGGAGGAGACCACUGAUGGAGAACAUCAAGGAGAGGACUGGAGAGAGAAGGAGACCACUGAUAGAGAACAUCAAGGAGAGGACUGGAGAGAGGAGGAGACCACUGAUAGAGAACAUCAAGGAGAGGACUGGAGAGAGGAGGAGACCACUGAUAGAGAACAUCAAGGAGAGGACUGGAGAGAGGAGGAGACCACUGAUAGAGAACAUCGAGGAGAGGACUGGAGACACAGGACUGCUGCAGCUGCAUUGCAGGGACAGACACACCCCCUGUCUCUCUCUCUCUCUCUGACACUCACACACCUCUCUCAGCACCUGCAUCACUAUUGAAGCAAUUUUGAGUUUCAUUACAGGACUGAUAAAAUCAGUCACAGGCUCACUCAGAAAUGCUAAAUAGAUGUGAGGUCUUGUUCAGGGUUGGGGUCAAAUCAGUAAGUACACUGAAAUUCAAAUUCUCUUCAAUGGUUCUCAAUGAGGAAGAUUUGGAAUUGCAUUUGGAAUUUGAUUUAGUUUCUGAAUUUAUUGGAAUUAUAUUGACCCAACCCUGGUCUUGUUUAGUCUGAAGGCUACAGGCUGAGACCGAGAUUGGAGUGGAAACCACUUUAGUUUGUUGGGACACACCGUGAGGCUGAGACAGAGUGGAGCGGAAACCACUUUAGUUUGUUGGGACACACCCUGAGGCUGAGACGGAGUGGAGCGGAAACCACUUUAGUUUGUUGGGACACACCCUGAGGCUGAGACGGAGUGGAGCGGAAACCACUUUAGUUUGUUGGGACACACCGUGAGGCUGAGACAGAGUGGAGCGGAAACCACUUUAGUUUGUUGGGACACACCUUGAGGCUGAGACGGAGUGGAGCGGAAACCACUUUAGUUUGUUGGGACACACCUUGAGGCUGAGACGGAGUGGAGCGGAAACCACUUUAGUUUGUUGGGACACACCGUGAGGCUGAGACAGAGUGGAGCGGAAACCACUUUAGUUUGUUGGGACACACCGUGAGGCUGAGACGGAGUGGAGCGGAAACCACUUUAGUUUGUUGGGACACACCGUGAGGCUGAGACAGAGUGGAGCGGAAACCACUUUAGUUUGUUGGGACAUACCGUGAGGCUGAGACAGAGUGGAGCGGAAACCACUUUAGUUUGUUGGGACACACCGUGAGGCUGAGACGGAGUGGAGCAGAAACCAAACCAUUGUAUAUGGUUGGAACACACCAGAGAAUAUAUCUGGUUUGGUUCUGGAAUCAUUCCUGACUCUCUCUAGGACAGGAGAGGCCUUUUUAUAUGUAGCCUACACAGACCCACACACACCACAGCCUCGCUUGUUUCUGGAGACAUGCCCAGAUUUAUAUAUAGAAAAGUGACCUUUCUCUGCACCAUCUGCCCUUAACAGAGAGAUGGGUGAGAACCCACACUAGAACGUGUGUGUGUGUGUGUGUGUGUGUGUGUGUGUGUGUGUGUGUGUGUGAGAGAGAGAGUCUUUCUAUUCUUGAUGUCUCGCUCAUCUCAACAUUCAACAACAAAAUUUGACAAUUUUCUCCCCCUCGCUCUCUCUGCAGGAGGGAAGGCCUCUCCAAAUGUGGCAAGUGUAAACAAGCUUACUACUGCGAGAUCGACUGCCAGGUAUAGUGUGUGUCGUAUUGUUUGUGUGUGAGCGAUAUUACUAUGUGACAGUGUAUAUGUUAGGGUUGGGCGGUAUCCAGAUUGUCAUACCUUCAUACCGACCUUGUAACAUCCCAGGAUGUUCGGUAAUACCAGCACUGAACACAAAGGUCGCUAUUUUCAAACCCCACUGAGCCUCUGAGAACCGAAGGUUAAACAAUGCUAACAAGUACAUGUCAAAUCCCAUAGCGAAUGCUAACUAAAUGCUAACGAGCACAUUGCGAACAUUUUAUACAGUCUCUGACCUAAACUAUUUGCAGGACAUCCCAGCUCAUAAAGCUAUACAAGUAACUCAAAAAUGCUAGUAACAGUUUGUUGCACAAAACAAAUAUUAGACAGCAAGGCUCUUGAUCCAGGAGGGGAUUCUCUGCUGUUACCAGGUGAAGCUUGAUUUAGCAAGAAGCUAAGCACUUAGCUAGAUAGCUAACUAGCUCCGAAAUUAGCAAACCAAAUGCACAACUGCAGAGCAUUUAGCACAUUUUAAGACGGUUAACUGAUUUAUUGAAAUUUCUGAAAAAUGUUGGGCUCAUCCACCACCGCAGCUUUUUCUUUUGUUACGUUCUACACACAUUUUACAUGUCUUUUUUUUUUUUUCUUCACAAUAGUUACAUAGCAAGACUAAAGUAAUAUGAUAUACAGUACCAGUCAAAGGUUUGGACACACAUUUACAUUUAAGUCAUUUAGCAGACGCUCUUAUCCAGAGCGACUUACAAGUUGGUGCAUUCAACUUAGGAUAGCCAGUGGGACAACCACCUCUUGAUCACAGUAAGUACACUUCUUCAAACAAGCAGCUGUGAGCAAAGUCAGUGCAAUCAGGGACAACUACAUCUCGAUCACAAUAAGUACAUUUCUUUAAACAAGUCACACCUACUCAUUCAAGGGUUUUUCUUUAUUUUUUACUAUUUUCUACAUAUUAGAAUAAUAGUGAAGACAUCAAAACUAUGAAAUAACACAUAUGGAAUCAUGUAGUAACCAAAAAAGUGUUUUAAAAAAUCAAAACAUAUUUUUGAAUCUUCAAAGUAGCCACCUUUUACCUUGAUGACAGCUUUGCACACUAUUUGGGUGGCUAUUUGAAGAAUCUCAAAUAUAAAAUAUAUUUUGAUUUGUUUAACACUUUUUUUAGCAUCUCAUGAUAAGCUGUAGACCAUACUACACUGCUCAAAAAAAUAAAGGGAACACUUAAACAACACAAUGUAACUCCAAGUCAAUCACACUUCUGUGAAAUCAAACUGUCCACUUAGGAAGCAACACUGAUUGACAAUAAAUUUCACAUGCUGUUGUGCAAAUGGAAUAGACAACAGGUGGAAAUUAUUGGCAAUUAGCAAGACACCCCCCAAUAAAGGACUGGUUUUGCAGGUGGUGACCACAGACCACUUCUCAGUUCCUAUGCUUCCUGGCUGAUGUUUUGGUCACUUUUUGAAUGCUGGCGGUGCUUUCACUCUAGUGGUAGCAUGAGACGGAGUCUACAACCCACACAAGUGGCUCAGGUAGUGCAGCUCAUCCAGGAUGGCACAUCAAUGCGAGCUGUGGCAAGAAGGUUUGCUGUGUCUGUCAGCGUAGUGUCCAGAGCAUGGAGGCGCUACCAGGAGACAGGCCAGUACAUCAGGAGACGUGGAGGAGGCCGUAGGAGGGCAACAACCCAGCAGCAGGACUGCUACCUCCGCCUUUGUGCAAGGAGGAGCAGGAGGAGCACUGCCAGAGCCCUGCAAAAUGACCUCCAGCAGGCCACAAAUGUGCAUGUGUCUGCUCAAACGGUCAGAAACAGACUCCAUGAGGGCCCGACGUCCACAGGUGGGGGUUGUGCUUACAGCCCAACACCGUGCAGGACGUUUGACAUUUGCCAGAGAACACCAAGAUUGGCAAAUUCACCACUGGCGCCCUGUGCUCUUCACAGAUGAAAGCAGGUUCACACUGAGCACGUGACAGACGUGACAGAGUCUGGAGACGCCGUGGAGAACGUUCUGCUGCCUGCAACAUCCUCCAGCAUGACCGGUUUGGCGGUGGGUCAGUCAUGGUGUGGGUUGGCAUUUCUUUGGGGGGCCGCACAGCCCUCCAUGUGCUCGCCAGAGGUAGCCUGACUGCCAUUAGGUACUGAGAUGAGAUCCUCAGACCCCUUGUGAGACCAUAUGCUGGUGCGGUUGGCCCUGGGUUCCUCCUAAUGCAAGACAAUGCUAGACCUCAUGUGGCUGGAGUGUGUCAGCAGUUCCUGCAAGAGGAAGGCAUUGAUCCUAUGGACUGGCAUGCCCGUUCCCCAUACCUGAAUCCAAUUGAGCACAUCUGGGACAUCAUGUCUCGCUCCAUCCACCAACGCCACAUUGCACCACAGACUGUCCAGGAGUUGGCGGAUGCUUUAGUCCAGGUCUGGGAGGAGAUCCCUCAGAAGACCAUCCGCCACCUCAUCAGGAGCAUGCCCAGGCGUUGUAGGGAGGUCAUACAGGCACGUGGAGGCCACACACACUACUGAGCCUAAUUUUGACUUGUUUUAAGGACAUUACAUCAAAGUUGGAUCAGCCUGUAGUGUGGCUUUCCACUUUAAUUUUGAGGGUGACUCCAAAUCCAGACCUCCAUGGGAUGAUACAUUUGAUUUCCAUUGAUACUUUUUGUGUGAUUUUGUUGUCAGCACAUUCAACUAUGUAAAGAAAAAAGUAUUUAAUAAGAUAAUUUCAUUCAUUCAGAUCUAGGAUGUGUUAUUUUAGUGUUCCCUUAAUUUUUUUGAGCAGUGUAUUUACCAAGAGAGUUUUCAUCUAUAUUUUUCGUAGCUGUCUAUUUACCACCACAAACCAAUGCUGGCACAAUUUUAUUUAUUUAUUUAACCUUUAUUUAACUAGGCAAGUCAGUUAAGAACAAAUUCUUAUUUACAAUGACGGCCUACCCCGGCCAAAUCCUAACCCGGACGACGCUGGGCCAAUUGUGCACCGCCCUAUGGACUCCCAGUCACGGCCGGUUGUGAUACAGCCUGGAAUGGAACCAGGGUCUGUAGUGACGCCUCUACCACUGAGAUGCAGUGCCUUAGACCGCUGCGCCACUCAGGAGCACUAAGACCGCACUCAAUGAGCUGUAUAAGGCCAUAAGCAAACAGGAAACGCUCAUCCAGAGGCGGCGCUCCUAGUGGCCGGGGACUUUAAUGCAGGGAAACUUACAUCCAUUUGACCAGCAUGUUAAAUGUGCAACCAGAGAAAGAAAAAAAACUCUAGACCACCUUUACUCCACACACAGAGCCGUGUACAAAGCUCUCCCUCGCCCUCCAUUUGGCAAAUCUGACCAUAAUUCUAUCCUGAUUGCUGCUUACAAGCAAAAACUAAAGCAGGAAGCACCAGUGACUCGGUCAAUAAAGAAGUGGUUAGAUGAAGCAGAUGCUAAGCUACAUGACUGUUUUGCUAGCACAGACUGGAAUAUGUUCCGGGAUUCUUCCGAUGGCAUUGAGGAGUACACCACAUCAGUCACUGGCUUCAUCAAUAAGUGUAUCGAUGACGUCGUCCCCACAGUGACCGUACGUACAUACCCCAACCAGAAGCCAUGGAUUACAGGAAACAUCCGCACUGAGCUAAAGGGUAGAGCUUCCGUGGGACUCUAACCCGGAUGCUUAUAAGAAAUCCAUCUAUGCCCUCUGAUGAACCAUCAAACAGGCAAAGGGUCAAUACAGGACUAAGAUUGAAUCGUGCUCCGACGCUUAUCGGAUGUGGCAGGGCUUGCAAACUAUUACAGACUACAAAGGGAAGCACAGCCUCGAGCUGCCCAGUGACGUGAGCCUACCAAACGAGCUAAAUUACUUCUAUGCUCGCUUUGAGGCAAGCAACACUGAAGCAUGCUUGAGAGCCCCAGCUGUUCCGGACGACUGUUUGAUUUAGCUCUGUGCCCAAGAACACUAAGGUAACCUGCCUAAAUGACUACAGACCCGUAGCACUCACGUCUGUAGCCAUGAAGUGCUUUGAAAGGCUGGUCAUGGCUCACAUCAACACCAUUAUCCCAGAAACCCUAGACCCACUCCAAUUUGCAUACCGCCCCAACAGAUCCACAGAUGAUGGAAUCUCUAUUGCACUCCACACUGCCCUUUCACACAUAGACAAAAGGAACACCUACGUAUGAAUGCUUUUCAUUGACUACAGCUCAGCGUUCAACACCAUAGUGCCCUCAAAGCUCAUCACUAAGCUAAGGAUCCUGGGACUAAACACCUCCCUCUGCAACUGGAUCCUGGACUUCCUGACGGGGCGCCCCCAGGUGGUAAGGUUAGGUAACAACACAUCUGCCACGCUGAUCCUCAACACGGGGGCUCCACAGGGGUGCGUGCUCAGUCCCCUCCUGAACUCCCUGUUCACCCAUGACCAGGCACGACUCCAACACCAUCAUUAAGUUUGCCGACGACACAAGUUGUAGGCCUGAUCACCGACAACGAGACAGCCUAUAGGGAGGAGGUCAGAGACCUGGCCGUGUGGUGCCAGGAUAACAACCUCUCCCUCAAAGUGAUCAAGACAAAGGAGAUGAUUGUGGACUACAGGAAAAGGAGGACUGAGCACGCCCCCAUUCUCAUCGACGGGGCUGUAGUGGAGCAUGUUGAGAGCUUCAAGUUCCAUAACAUGGUUCAAACACACCAAGACAGUUGUGAAGAGGGCACGACAAAGCCUAUUCCCCCUCAGGAGACUGAUAAGAUUUAGUCAUAGACUGUUCUCUCUGCUACCGCACGGCAAGCGGUACCUGAGCGCCAAGCCUAGGUUCAAAAGGCUUCUUAACAGCUUCUACUCCCAAGCCAUAAGACUCCUGAACAGCUAACCAAAUGGCUACCUGGACUAUAUGCAUUGUCCCCCCCACCCAACCACCCCAUCUUUUACGCUAAUGCCACUCUGUUUAUUAACUAUGCAUAGUCACUUUAACUCUACCUACACGUACAUAUUACCUCAAUUACCUCGACUAGCCGGUGCCCCCGGCCUAUUUCUAACUAUUUUAGAGUGCAAGAUGCAAGAAAAUGGAUCUUCGCUCUACUCACUAAUGAUUGCAACUUGUCAUAAUAUUUUCCAAUUUUUUGUUGUAAUGAAUAAGCAUGUCAUCAUAUCUCCCAUUUUCACAAAACACUAGGCUACUGCCUGCUUACAAUGCAAUACUUCAACUAUUAGAAACUGCGUACUAAACUGGUCUGAACUGGUCUAAAGAUUGCGGGAGAGAGCUAAGCACGUUCUCACAUCAAUUUCAGUUUUGAUAAAUGCCAACUUUUGCGUGUGAACUGGCGCACGCAUGUUUCGGGGUAUAUUUUGUACGUACACAACGUUUAUAAAUUAAAAAGUGUUCACCCCUGUGUGUGUGUUCCAGAGAAACGGAGCCCCCUAAGGAAAGUUCACACCACCAGUGUAACACAACUACUAGGCUGCGUUCAACAGCACUGGGCCUUCCUCUGAAACAGAGCUGCGUUCAACAGCACUGGGCCUUCCUCUGAAACAGAGCUGCGUUCAACAGCGCUGGGCCUUCCUCUGAAACAGAGCUGCGUUCAACAGCGCUGGGCCUUCCUCUGAAACAGAGCUGCGUUCAACAGCGCUGGGCCUUCCUCUGAAACAGAGCUGCGUUCAACAGCACUGGGCCUUCCUCUGAAACAGAGCUGCGUUCAACAGAGCUGGGCCUUCCUCUGAAACAGAGCUGCGUUCAACAGCGCUGGGCCUUCCUCUGAAACAGAGCUGCGUUCAACAGCACUGGGCCUUCCUCUGAAACAGAGCUGCGUUCAACAGCACUGGGCCUUCCUCUGAAACAGAGCUGCGUUCAACAGCGCUGGGCCUUCCUCUGAAACAGAGCUGCGUUCAACAGCACUGGGCCUUCCUCUGAAACAGAUCUGCGUUCAACAGCGCUGGGCCUUCCUCUGAAACGUAAUGGCCCAUGGCUGUGUUCAACAACCCUGUAGGACAAGGCUAGGCAACCCAGUUCCUGGAGUGCCGCAGGUACACUGAACAAAAAUAUAAACGCAACAUGCAACAAUUUCUAAGAUUUUACUGAGUUACAGUUCAUAUAAGGAAAUCAGUCUAUUGAAAUAAAUAAAUUAGGCCCUAAUCUAUGGAUUUCACAUGACUGGGAAUACAGGUAUGCAUAUGUUGGUCACAGAUACCUUUAAAAAAAAAAAGGUAGUGGCCUGGAUCAGAAAACCAGUCUAUAUCUGGUGUGACCACCAUUUGCCUCAUGCAGCGUGACAUAUCUUCUUUGCAUAGAGUUGAUCAAGCUGUUGAUUGUGGAAUGUCCCACUCCUCUUCAUUGGCUGUGUGAAGUUGCUGGAUAUUGGCGGGAACUGGAACACGCUGUUGUAGACGUCGAUCCAGAUCAAUGGGUAACGUCUGGUGAAUGCAGGCCAUGGAAGAACUGGGAAAUGUUCCGCUUCCAGGAAUUGUGUACAGAUCCUAGCGACAUGGGGCCGUGCAUUAUGCUGAAGCAACAUGAGGUGAUGGCGGCGGAUGAAUGGCACGACAAUGGGCCUCAGGAUCUUGCCACGGUAUCUCUGUGCAUUCAAACUGCUGUAGAUAAAAUGCAAUUGUGUUCGUUGUCCGUAACUUAUGUCUGCCCGUGCAAUAACCCCACCGCCACAAUGGGGCACUCUGUUCACAACGUUGACAUCAGCAAACCGCUCUCCCACACAAUGCCAUAAACGCUAUCUGCCCGGGACAGUUGAUUCUGGGAUUCAUCCAUGAAGAGCACACUUUUCCAGCAUGCCAGUGAAGUCGGUUACGACACCGAACUGCAGUUAGGUCAAGACCCUGGUGAGGUUGACGAGCAUGCAGAUGAGCUUGUGCAGAAAUUAUUCAGUUGUGCAAACCCACAGUUUCAUCAACUGUCCGGUGGCUGGUCUCUGACGAUCCCGCAGGUGAAGAAGCCAUAUGUGGAGGUCCUGGGCUGGCAUAGUUACACGUGGUCUGCGGUUGUGAGGCCGGUUGGACGUACUGCCAAAUUCUCUAAAACAACGUUGGAGGCGGCUUAUGGUAGAGAAAUUAACAUUGAAUUCUCUGGCAACAGUUCUGGUGGACAUUGCUGCAGUCAGCAUGCCAAUUUCACGCUCCCUCAACUUGAGAUAUCUGUGGCAUUGUGUUGUGUGACAAAAGUGCACAUUUUAGAGUGGCCUUUUAUUGUCCCCAGCACAAGGUGUUGUUGAAGCAGCUUCUUGAUAUGCCACGCCUGUCAGGUGGAUGGAUUAUCUUAGCAAAGGAGAAAUGCUUAAUAACAGGGAUGUAAACAAAUUUGUGCAACAUCUUUAGAGAAAUAAGCUUUUUGUGCGUAUGGAACAUUUCUAGGAUCUUUUAUUUCAGCUCAUGAAACAUGGGACCAACACUUUACAUGUUGCAUUUAUAUUUUUGUUCAGUGUAAUUAUGCUAAUAUAGAGAAACCCUUGAAUUAACUAUCAGUAGUUAUCAUUAACUGUUGUACCAUUUUAAUCACUACUAUAUCAACAAUAGUCUAAUCAAUAGUGAAUUACUAAUUCUCAUUCUGAAUAGUCGUUAGCGCUGGAGCUGCAAAAAACCAGUCACUCCCAAAUGACUUCAAGGCCACAAAGAAUGAAUUCAUUGUUUUAUUUACUAAAUAAGUUGAAAAUUAGGUAGUUAAAAGAUAUUAUAUAAAGACCGGGUACAAUGGGAUACAACACAGCUAUUGAGGUGAGAGGCUCCUUAGAUCAAUAUGAAUGGGCUUUGAACUCAACACAGGGAAAUACAACAACACAUUCACAGGACUUCUGAGAACGACAUGAUCUCAUUCAUGAAAAUAUAAAGUGUGAGAGGACUUCGUCACCAACCAGGAACAGACCUGAACUAGGCUACCAAUUAGCAUCCGAUGUGGACAGUGCCGGGACAGUAUUGAUCAUGGGUUUUGUAAAUUAGACCUGCGAUUUUACAAUACUCAAUGACUUCCACCACUUUACACACACAAUUCCACUUUCAGAGGAAACUAAGAAUGUAGUAGGGUAAAUUACUUGUAUGUCAGUGUUGCCUCUCUCUGUUCUCAGUCCAAGAAAGUAAAGUCUAUUAGAGCUUUUCUAAUGCAGUGAAUUCUUCCUCUGAUCCCAGCCGGGAUGGAUUGUGAACUCAAUCAGUUAGUCUCGAAUGCAAACAGGAUCCCCUCUGGGAUGAUUUGGCUCUGUCUGAGUGGGAUAGGGAAGGUCGAUAGGUGUGUGUGUGUGUGUGUGUGGUUUCCAAGGAGAUGUAGGUCAUUCAUUCAACUGGUGUGGUCGCGCUGCAAAGAAACUUGAGGUCGUAUGGGGUCAUCAGAAAGGGGAGGCAGGCAUAACCACCGUCCUCAAGGAGAAAUCCAUCAUAGUGACCUGCAUGGGGACGGAACAGCAUAUCAGUGUUAUAUUGCAGACACAUUUUAUUUCUGCCAAGUAUAUAGGAUAAUUAAGCAGUAAGGUACGAGGGGGUGUGGUAUAUGGCCAAUAUGAAGUCUUUCAAUUAGGUUUAGAACUACACAUAUAAUUACAUUACACAUGCCCUGUUACAGUGUAGAGUCUCUGAGUCAUGCACAGAGCUCUCUUUCUGGAUCCAAAAAUCCGGAGUUUUCUCAAAUUCUGGUUUGACAGAUCUCACUAAUAUGGAUUUCUGGAAUACCCAUCUGGUCCAGGUUGGUUAAAUCAAACACAUGAAGUUGAUAGCUCAGUGUAGACCAGGGCCCUGUUUUCCAAUAGCUCAGUGUAGACCAGGGCCCUGUUUCCCAAUAGCCCAGUGUAGACCAGGGCCCUGUUUUCCAAUAGCCCAGUGUAGACCAGGGCCCUGUUUCCCAAUAGCUCAGUGUAGACCAGGGCCCUGUUUUCCAAUAGCCCAGUGUAGACCAGGGCCCGGUUUCCCAAUAGCUCAGUGUAGACCAGGGCCCUGUUUCCCAAUAGCCCAGUGUAGACCAGGGCCCUGUUUUCCAAUAGCUCAGUGUAGACCAGGGCCCUGUUUUCCAAUAGCUCAGUGUAGACCAGGGCCCUGUUUUCCAAUAGCUCAGUGUAGACCAGGGCCCUGUUUUCCAAUAGCUCAGUGUAGACCAGGGCCCUGUUUCCCAAUAGCUCAGUGUAGACCAGGGCCCUGUUUCCCAAUAGCUCAGUGUAGACCAGGGCCCUGUUUUCCCAAUAGCCCAGUUGUAGACCAGGGCCCUGUUUCCCAAUAGCUCAGUGUAGACCAGGGCCCUGUUUCCCAAUAGCUCAGUGUAGACCAGGGCCCUGUUUCCCAAUAGCUCAGUGUAGACCAGGGCCCUGUUUUCCAAUAGCCCAGUGUAGACCAGGGCCCGGUUUUCCAAUAGCCCAGUGUAGACCAGGGCCCGGUUUCCCAAUAGCCCAGUGUAGACCAGGGCCCUGUUUUCCAAUAGCUCAGUGUAGACCAGGGCCCGGUUUCCCAAUAGCUCAGUGUAGACCAGGGCCCUGUUUCCCAAUAGCGAUGGAACUUCGGCUUACAAGUUUUUUUUUUUUUACGGACAAAUAAUUACCAUGCGUUUCCCAAAAUAGCAUGCAGAGAGAAUGGUCACUAAGUGCGUCAUGGGAGCAUGGGCCCGGUUUCCCGAUACACUAGGGGUGUGAACGUUAAAACAUUUAAACAAAGUUGGAAUCCUUAACGUUAACAAAAAUUCCUAACCAAUUAAUUAAAAUCACAGUGCAGUUAUCACAAAACAUAUUAUUAUUUUAGUCGAUAGGCUAUAAAGGCCCGGAAAAGUUGUGUAAUUCAAAUAAGGUGAACUUUAGGAUACUGCAUGACAUUGCGAGAUACAGAUUACCAAAACAUAUGAGCAUUCUUCUGCCUGCCCCCCUCUCUCCCUGGCGUUCCGCCUGCCCCCCUCUCUCCCUGGCGUUCUGCCUGGCCCUCCCCUCUCUCCCUGGCGUUCCGCCUGCCCCCCUCUCUCCCUGGCGUUCUGCCUGGCCCUCCCCUCUCUCCCUGGCGUUCUGCCUGGCCCUCCCCUCUCUCCCUGGCGUUCUGCCUGGCCCUCCCCUCUCUGCCUGGCGUUCUGCCUGGCCCUCCCCUCUCUCCCUGGCGUUCUGCCUGGCCCUCCCCUCUCUCCCUGGCGUUCUGCCUGCCCCCCUCUCUCCCUGGCGUUCCGCCUGCCCCCCUCUCUCCCUGGCGUUCUGCCUGGCCCUCCCCUCUCUCCCUGGCGUUCCGCCUGCCCCCCUCUCUCCCUGGCGUUCUGCCUGGCCCUCCCCUCUCUCCCUGGCGUUCUGCCUGGCCCUCCCCUCUCUCCCUGGCGUUCUGCCUGGCCCUCCCCUCUCUGCCUGGCGUUCUGCCUGGCCCUCCCCUCUCUCCCUGGCGUUCUGCCUGGCCCUCCCCUCUCUCCCUGGCGUUCUGCCUGGCCCCCCUCUCUCCCUGGCGUUCCGCCUGCCCCCCUCUCUCCCUGGCGUUCUGCCUGGCCCUCCCCUCUCUCCCUGGCGUUCUGCCUGCCCCCCUCUCUCCCUGGCGUUCUGCCUGCCCCCCUCUCUCCCUGGCGUUCUGCCUGCCCCCCUCUCUCCCUGGCGUUCCGCCUGCCCCCCUCUCUCCCUGGCGUUCUGCCUGCCCCCCUCUCUUCCUGGCGUUCUGCCUGGCCCCCCUCUCUUCCUGGCGUUCUGCCUGGCCCCCCUCUCUCCCUGGCGUUCUGCCUGCCCCCCCUCUCUCCCUGGCGUUCUGCCUGCCCCCCUCUCUUCCUGGCGUUCUGCCUGCCCCCCUCUCUCCCUGGCGUUCUGCCUGCCCCUCUCUCUCCCUGGCGUUCUGCCUGCCCCCCUCUCUUCCUGGCGUUCUGCCUGCCCCCCUCUCUCCCUGGCGUUCCGCCUGGCCCUCCCCUCUCUCCCUGGCGUUCUGCCUGGCCCUCCCCUCUCUCCCUGGCGUUCUGCCUGGCCCUCCCCUCUCUCCCUGGCGUUCUGCCUGGCCCCCUCUCUUCCUGGCGUUCUGCCUGCCCCCCUCUCUCCCUGGCGUUCCGCCUGCCCCCCUCUCUCCCUGGCGUUCUGCCUGGCCCUCCCCUCUCUCCCUGGCGUUCUGCCUGGCCCCCUCUCUUCCUGGCGUUCUGCCUGCCCCCCUCUCUCCCUGGCGUUCCGCCUGCCCCCCUCUCUCCCUGGCGUUCUGCCUGCCCCCCUCUCUUCCUGGCGUUCUGCCUGGCCCUCCCCUCUCUCCCUGGCGUUCCGCCUGGCCCUCCUCUCUCCCUGGCGUUCUGCCUGGCCCUCCUCUCUCUCCCUGGCGUUCUGCCUGGCCCUCCCCUCUCUCCCUGGCGUUCUGCCUGGCCCUCCCCUCUCUCCCUGGCGUUCUGCCUGGCCCUCCCCUCUCUCCCUGGCGUUCUGCCUGGCCCUCCCCUCUCUCCCUGGCGUUCUGCCUGGCCCUCCCCUCUCUCCCUGGCGUUCUGCCUGGCCCUCCCCUCUCUCCCUGGCGUUCUGCCUGGCCCUCCCCUCUCUCCCUGGCGUUCUGCCUGGCCCUCCCCUCUCUCCCUGGCGUUCUGCCUGGCCCUCCCCUCUCUCCCUGGCGUUCUGCCUGGCCCUCCCCUCUCUCCCUGGCGUUCUGCCUGGCCCUCCCCUCUCUCCCUGGCGUUCUGCCUGGCCCUCCCCUCUCUCCCUGGCGUUCUGCCUGGCCCUCCCCCUCUCUCCCUGGCGUUCUGCCUGCCCUCCCCUCUCUCCCUGGCGUUCUGCCUGGCCCUCCCCUCUCUCCCUGGCGUUCUGCCUGGCCCCCCUCCCCUGCCUGUCCCCCCCCUCUCUCCCUGGCGUUCUGCCUGGCCCUCCCCUCUCUCCCUGGCGUUCUCCUGGCCCUCCCCUCUCUCCCUGGGCGUUCUGCCUGGCCCUCCCCUCUCUCCCUGGCGUUCUGCCUGGCCCUCCUCUCUCUCCCUGGCGUUCCGCCUGCCCCCCUCUCUCCCUGGCGUUCCGCCUGGCCCUCCCCCUCUCUCCCUGGCGUUCCGCCUGGCCCUCCUCUCUCUCCCUGGCGUUCUGCCUGGCCCUCCUCUCUCUCCCUGGCGUUCCGCCUGCCCCCCUCUCUCCCUGGCGUUCCGCCUGGCCCUCCCCUCUCUCCCCUGGCAUUCCGCCUGCCCCCCUCUCUCCCUGGCGUUCCGCCUGGCCCUCCCCUCUCUCCCUGGCGUUCUGCCUGGCCCUCCUCUCUCUCCCUGGCGUUCCGCCUGCCCCCCCUCUCUCCCUGGCGUUCCGCCUGGCCCUCCCCUCUCUCCCUGGCGUUCCGCCUGGCCCUCCCCUCUCUCCCUUGCGUUCCGCCUGGCCCUCCCCUCUCUCCCUGGCGUUCCGCCUGGCCCUCCUCUCUCUCCCUGGCGUUCUGCCUGGCCCUCCUCUCUCUCCCUGGCGUUCCGCCUGGCCCUCCUCUCUCUCCCUGGCGUUCCGCCUGCCCCCCUCUCUCCCUGGCGUUCCGCCUGCCCCCCUCUCUCCCUGGCGUUCUGCCUGGCCCUCCCCUCUCUCCCUGGCGUUCUGCCUGGCCCUCCCCUCUCUCCCUGGCGUUCUGCCUGGCCCUCCCCUCUCUCCCUGGCGUUCUGCCUGGCCCUCCCCUCUCUCCCUGGCAUUCUGCCUGGCCCUCCCCUCUCUCCCUGGCGUUCUGCCUGGCCCUCCCCUCUCUCCCUGGCGUUCUGCCUGGCCCUCCUCUCUCUCCCUGGCGUUCUGCCUGGCCCUCCCCUCUCUCCCUGGCGUUCUGCCUGGCCCUCCCCUCUCUCCCUGGCGUUCUGCCUGGCCCUCCCCUCUCUCCCUGGCGUUCUGCCUGGCCCUCCCCUCUCUCCCUGGCGUUCUGCCUGGCCCUCCCCUCUCUCCCUGGCGUUCUGCCUGGCCCUCCCCUCUCUCCCUGGCGUUCUGCCUGGCCCUCCCCUCUCUCCCUGGCGUUCUGCCUGGCCCUCCCCUCUCUCCCUGGCGUUCUGCCUGGCCCUCCCCUCUCUCCCUGGCGUUCUGCCUGGCCCUCCCCUCUCUCCCUGGCGUUCUGCCUGGCCCUCCCCUCUCUCCCUGGCGUUCUGCCUGGCCCUCCCCUCUCUCCCUGGCAUUCUGCCUGGCCCUCCCCUCUCUCCCUGGCGUUCUGCCUGGCCCUCCUCUCUCUCCCUGGCGUUCUGCCUGGCCCUGUAAAGUUACCAAUUGUCGCUAUGGACAUGUUACUGUAGCUGCGUUCUAUGUCUGUAAAGGGUCGUGGUAGAUAUAUGUAGUCCCCUGUAGCUCAGUUGGUAGAGCAUGGCGCUUGCAACGCCAGGUUUGUGGGUUCGUUUCCCACGGGGGGCCAGUAUGAAAAUGUAUGCACUCACUAACUGUAAGUCGCUCUGGAUAAGAGUGUCGGCUAAAUGACUAAAAUGUAAAUGUCAUAUAACAUCAAUGCCCAGCCCUAGCAGUUAUACACAUGUAAUAGGACCAUUAUCCUUCAUUGAUGUGAAAUUGUAUGAUUUUUUUUCUUUAUCGUUUUAACAGAAAACCGUUUAUUAAUUUAUACUGGCCCUUUGAUAAAUUCUGAGCUUUAAUCAUUUACAUUUACAUUUUAGUCAUUUAGCAGUCGCAUGUGGAAAAUGUCUGGCUUCAUGUUCCCUGCAAGGAACCUUUAUUUUUUUAUUUUUUUACAUCUGGCCCCCUUACGAAUAUACACUACAUGACCAAAAGUAUGUGGACACCUGCUUGUCGAACAACUCAUUCCAAAAUUAUGGGCAUUAGUAUGGAGUUGGUUCAGAUAUGCAUCUGUUGGUCACAGAGACGUAAAAUAAAAUAAAAAAUGGGCCUCAGGAUCUCGUCACGGUAUUUUGGUGCAUUCAAAUUGCCAUCGAUAAAAUGCAAUUGUGUUCGUUGUCCAUAGAUUAUGCCUGCCAUCAACUUGAGACAUCUGUAGCAUUGUGUUGUUUGACAAAACUGCACAUUUUAGUGGCCUUUUAUUGUCCCCAGCACAAGGUGCACCUGUGUAAUGAUCAUGCAGUUUAAUCAGCUUCUUGAUAUGCCACAGUUGUCAGGUGGACAGAUUAUCUUGGCAAAGGAGAAAUGCACACUAAAAGGGCCGUAAACAAAUUUGUGCACAACAUUUGAGAGAAAUAAGCUUUUUGUGCGUGUGGAACGUUUCUGGGAUCUUUUAUUUCAGCUCAUGAAACAUGGGACCAACACUUUACAUGUUGCGUUUAUAUUUUUGUUCAAUGUAUUUUAAUGCAGUCAUCUUGGUUUUCAUUUGAAACAUAUAUUUUUUAUAUGUCACUUGUUUGUAUCAAUUGUGGCAAGACAUUGGCAACUUUGUAUUUGUAGUCAACUUCGUUCUGAAGUUAUCGGCGGUCACAGAGAGACCGAAAUAAUCACAUGGUUAAUCCAUGUUUAGCAGGUUUUCAAUCCAACUCCAAUCAAGCGCAGCUGAUCCUAAUAAUAAGCUGGUUGAUAAGAUGAAUCAGGUUAGUUACAUCUGGGGUUAGAGUGUAAACCUACAGGAGGGCAGCUCUCCAGGAACAGGGUUGGAGAGCCCUGGUGUAAACCUACAGGAGGGUAGCUCUCCAGGAACAGGGUUGGAGAGCCCUGGUGUAAACCUACAGGAGGGUAGCUCUCCAGGAACAGGGUUGGAGAGCCCUGGUGUAAACCUACAGGAGGGUAGCUCUCCAGGAACAGGGUUGGAGAGCCCUGGUGUAAACCUACAGGAGGGUAGCUCUCCAGGAACAGGGUUGGAAAGCCCUGGUGUAAACCUACAGGAGGGUAGCUCUCCAGGAACAGGGUUGGAGAGCCCUGGUGUAAACCUACAGGAGGGUAGCUCUCCAGGAACAGGGUUGGAGAGCCCUGGUGUAAACCUACAGGAGGGUAGCUCUCCAGGAACAGGGUUGGAGAGGCCUGGUGUAAACCUACAGGAGGGUAGCUCUCCAGGAACAGGGUUGGAGAGCCCUGGUGUAAACCUACAGGAGGGUAGCUCUCCAGGAACAGGGUUGGAGAGGCCUGGUGUAAACCUACAGGAGGGUAGCUCUCCAGGAACAGGGUUGGAGAGGCCUGGUGUAAACCUACAGGAGGGUAGCUCUCCAGGAACAGGGUUGGAGAGCCCUGGUGUAAACCUACAGGAGGGUAGCUCUCCAGGAACAGGGCUAACUUCCAGGACUAGACAACUCCUCAAACUGGGUGGGUUACACACUGUGACUGCAGUAAAGGCGUGGGACGCACUGCAGUAACGAAGACUGCAGCACUCUGUUAUUGGUCUGAGUGUGUCCUCAUUGUGUGCAAACUAGAAUACAUGCAUUCCCCUCUGGAGCCAUUCUAGCCCUGUUUUACCCCAAACCCUCAUUUUUUUCUCUCUCUCUCUCUCCUUCCUUUCUCUCUCUCUCCCCUUCCUUUCUCUCGCUCUCUCCUUCCUUUCUCUCUCUCCCCUUCCUUUCUCUCUCUCCCCUUCCUUUCUCUCUCUCCCCCUCUUUUUAGGAUGGCGCUAAGAUGGAGCUUCAUAAGAUGAACUCUCCCCCACAGCCAGAGGAGGUUCGAAAGAUGGUUCACUACGCCAGGAAUGUUAUUGAAGAGUUCCGUAGGGCCAAGCACUACAAGAAUAUCCUUUCCUUUCUCUACUGUACACCUCUUCGUUUCUAUACCUUCCCUACUGUACACCUCUUCGUUUCUAUACCUUCUCUACUGUACACCUCUUCGUUUCUAUACCUUCCCUACUGUACACCUCUUCGUUUCUAUACCUUCCCUACUGAACACCUCUUCGUUUCUAUACCUUCCCUACUGAACACCUCUUCGUUUCUAUACCUUCUCUACUGUACACCUCUUCGUUUCUAUACCUUCCCUACUGUACACCUCUUCGUUUCUAUACCUUCCCUACUGUACACCUCUUCGUUUCUAUACCUUCCCUACUGAACACCUCUUCGUUUCUAUACCUUCUCUACUGAACACCUCUUGUUUCUAUACCUUCUCUACUGUACACCUCUUCGUUUCUAUACCUUCCCUAAUGUACACCUCUUCGUUUCUAUACCUUCCCUACUGUUGUACACCUCUUCGUUUCUAUACCUUCCCUACUGUACACCUCUUCGUUUCUAUACCUUCCCUACUGAACACCUCUUCGUUUCUAUACCUUCUCUACUGAACACCUCUUCGUUUCUAUACCUUCUCUACUGAACACCUCUUCGUUUCUAUACCUUCUCUACUGUACACCUCUUCGUUUCUAUACCUUCCCUAAUGUACACCUCUUCGUUUCUAUACCUUCCCUACUGUUGUACACCUCUUCGUUUCUAUACCUUCCCUACUGUACACCUCUUCGUUUCUAUACCUUCCCUACUGUACACCUCUUCGUUUCUAUACCUUCCCUACUGAACACCUCUUCGUUUCUAUACCUUCCCUACUGUACACCUCUUCGUUUCUAUACCUUCCCUACUGUACACCUCUUCGUUUCUAUACCUUUUCUACUAUUGUACACCUCUUCGUUUCUAUACCUUCCCUACUGUACACCUCUUCGUUUCUAUACCUUCUCUACUGAACACCUCUUCGUUUCUAUACCUUCCCUACUGAACACCUCUUCGUUUCUAUACCUUCCCUACUGUACACCUCUUCGUUUCUAUACCUUCCCUACUGUACACCUCUUCGUUUCUAUACCUUCUCUACUGUUGUACACCUCUUCGUUUCUAUACCUUCCCUACUGUACACCUCUUCGUUUCUAUACCUUCCCUACUGAACACCUCUUCGUUUCUAUACCUUCCCUACUGUACACUUCUUCGUUUCUAUACCUUCCCUACUGUACACCUCUUCGUUUCUAUACUUUCCCUACUGAACACCUCUUCGUUUCUAUACCUUCCCUACUGUUGUACACCUCUUCGUUUCUAUACCUUCUCUACUAUUGUACACCUCUUCGUUUCUAUACCUUCUCUACUGUACACCUCUUCGUUUCCACAUAUCCUUUGCUCUCUCCAUCCCCACUCUCACUUUAUCUACCUCCUUCUCUUUCUCUACUUUCUUUCCUCUGUCCCUCUCACCUUCUCCCCCUCAAAUCAAAUCAGUUUAUUUGUCACGUGAACAAUAUAGUGGGUGGAAAUGGUACAGUGAUUAAUUGGCGCUCUUCCUCAACAGCACAACAUAAAGGAAAGUAGCAAAGCUAAUCAAUAAGACAAGUCGAUUUAUAAAAAAUAAAAAAAAGAGUACAACAAUCGGUAAAAAUAACAAAAGUUUACCCUUUAAAUAUAACUCUGGAAGAGUAAUUUUAUCUGUGCUCUUUUGGCUGGUCCCACUUUAGUGCCUGGAUACAGUGUGGGAGGGGGAGGUUUGAUUGACAGUGGGGCGUGUGCUGCGCUGUAGAAAUGUCAGGUAUUCAGUUCCUGUGCUGUAUGUGACCCGUGUAGAGCAGUAGGUACAGUGCCACUACACUCAGCAACCUUAUGAAUGGACCUUCAAUAGCUUCUCAAGACUAGAAGCAAUCUGCCCUUUUACCCACAAAUCACUCCUGCAAGGCCAAUGUUAUGAACGUUCCGUUUGUCCCCCCUUAAUACCCAAACUGUGAGCUCAUUGGACUGGCGUAAGUAGUAUUGAGUCCUUAGCACUCUAGCACCCCCUAGUGAUCUAUGUGUUGUAUUAAGUCCUUAGCACUCUAGCACCCCCUAGUGAUCUAUGUGUUGUAUUAAGUCCUUAGCACUCUAGCACCCCCUAGUGAUCUAUGUGUUGUAUUGAGUCCUUAGCCCUCUAUUACCCCCUAGUGAUCUAUGUGUUGUAUUGAGUCCUUAGCCCUCUAUUACCCCCUAGUGAUCUAUGUGUUGUAUUGAGUCCUUAGCCCUCUAUUACCCCCUAGUGAUCUAUGUGUUGUAUUAAGUCCUUAGCCUCUAUUACCCCCCUAGUGAUCUAUGUGUUGUAUUAAGUCCUUAGCACUCUAGCACCCCCUAGUGAUCUAUGUGUUGUAUUGAGUCCUUAGCCCUCUAGCACCCCCUAGUGAUCUAUGUGUUGUAUUAAGUCCUUAACCCUCUAGCACCCCCUAGUGAUCUAUGUGUUGUAUUAAGUCCUUAACCCUCUAGCACCCCCUAGUGAUCUAUGUGUUGUAUUGAGUCCUUAACCCUCUAGCACCCCCUAGUGAUCUAUGUGUUGUAUUAAGUCCUUAACCCUCUAGCACCCCCUAGUGAUCUAUGUGUUGUCUUAUUGAGUCCUUAACCCUCUAGCACCCCCUAGUGAUCUAUGUGUUGUAUUAAGUCCUUAGCCCUCUAGCACCCCCUAGUGAUCUAUGUGUUGUAUUAAGUCCUUAACCCUCUAGCACCCCCUAGUGAUCUAUGUGUUGUAUUAAGUCCUUAACCCUCUAGCACCCCCUAGUGAUCUAUGUGUUGUAUUGAGUCCUUAACCCUCUAGCACCCCCUAGUGAUCUAUGUGUUGUAUUAAGUCCUUAGCCCUCUAGCACCCCCUAGUGAUCUAUGUGUUGUAUUAAGUCCUUAACCCUCUAGCACCCCCUAGUGAUCUAUGGGUUGUAUUAAGUCCUUAGCACUCUAGCACCCCCUAGUGAUCUAUGUGUUGUAUUAAGUCCUUAGCACUCUAGCACCCCCUAGUGAUCUAUGUGUUGUAUUAAGUCCUUAACCCUCUAGCACCCCCUAGUGAUCUAUGUGUUGUAUUAAGUCCUUAACCCUCUAGCACCCCCUAGUGAGCUGCUGGAGAUCUGCGAGUUGAGCCAGGAGAAGAUGGGCUCUAUAUUCGCAGACACUAACGUGUACAUGCUGCAUAUGAUGUACCAGGCCAUGGGA